AUGGCUGCCAAUAAUAAUUGUGAGUAUAUAAACGACAAAUCAAUUCCUGAAGAUCUUCUUUGUCCUAUAUGCACCGAUCCGUUAGAAGAACCUCUCUCGGCCAAUCAAUGUGGACACACAUUCUGUCGUCAAUGUAUUACCGAUACAUUUCAGACAAUGUCUCAAUGUCCAACAUGCCGUCAUACAUUGACACUUGAAGAUUUUAAACCUGUUACGUUACGUCCCUUUCUCAAUCAACUCAAUCAAAUACUUGUAAAAUGUAAAUCCUGUCCUGAAACUAAUAUUCAACGUGGGAAUUUCAAAGAUCAUGCAAUAAAAUGUAUGAAGACAAUUGUAUCAUGUCCAGCAGCUGAUAUCAAGUGUAGUUGGACAGGACAACAUGAAAAAAUGCAAGAUCAUGUUAGUAUAUGCCCAUUAGUUCAAAUUCAACCGAUGAUAACGGAACUCAAUGCAACAGUCAAGCAACAAUCGGAACAAAUACAUUUUCUCUACACAGUACUCGAGAAAAUAUCUACAAAUUACAAAGAAACAUGUAAAGAAUACUAUAAAGCAAAAGGUGCAGCAUACUGUGAUAUAUGCAAGAAAAGAUUUAUAUUUAAUGAACACGAACAUCGUCUACAUUAUUGUCCUGAGACAGACUUUUGCUCCACUUGUGUAAAAAAAUAUUUUUCAUAA